UGCGCAAGGUUGCAUUGCAGAAUGCAGUCGCGUUCUCGCGUCCCGUAGAGUGUACGGCCAUGUCCAUUUGGUGUUAAAUUUUUUACGUUUGCGGCAAUUCCUGGUGAACUAGUGAACAAAUUUAGGACUUAAACGUUAGAUUAUUGUAAAAAUAGCGUGUUGGAAUGAGUGAAAUCAAACAUCGCUAUCGUAUAUUAGAAGCAAUUGAUCAGUUGCGUCGCAGAAAAGCUCGCCCUGAUGUGAAUAGAAUAUGCAGUUUUAUGUUUAGAAGAUUCUCCGUCAGUUGUGGAGAAACAAAAUCCGAUCUGCAAAAACUAAUCGAAGCUGAAAUUGUAAUAAAAGUUGAUUACAAGGGAAACACUAGUUACAGAAAUGCUGCAAAAUGGGCUAUGUUACCAAAUUACAAACAUAAACAAGUGAUUGAUUCUUGGAACACAAGUAGCAUACUGAGCAGUGCGGUCGCGGAACUUAUUGUUUUAGAGCCAGACUAUCUUGACAUAGGGGUUCCCGCACCCGAAUUAGAGCGACAUUUGUUAGGAAAAGAUAAUAGGAGAUUCAAUAGGAAAAAUUUGGAAUCUAUUUUGAAAAGAGAGCUUAAUAGCGGAACUUUGGUGAAGUUAGAAAACGGCAAUUACUUUCUCGGGGAGCAUACCACCGCCAACAGCAAACCACGUCAAGGAUCUGGAAACUCGCAAUCUCCAAAAUCCAACAAAUCUUCACCGAGUCCUAAAGCAAAUAAAGUGAAGAAAGCCAACAACAAUAAGACUACAGAGAUUAGCGCAUCUGUCACGGAGCCACCAAUAAUGGAGAAGCCAAAAAUUGAGAUAAAACAGGAAGAGCCGAAAGUCAGUAAAGUGGAAGAAAACAGUAACUGCUCAACUUCAACAAACAAUAAUAACGAAAAUGGAACCAAUGUUGGUUUCAGAGUUGGUGGCAGACAAAAGCGGGCCAAAGUAAUGUUCGACCCCUCGGACAACAACUUGCCCAAGGGUCGUCGAAAAUCGUCCUCUCGACAGUCGUUGGGCGGUAUGGUUCGGCCACAACAACAGACCACCCCUUCCUCCUCCUCCUCCUCCUCGGUCUCUUCCUCCGCCACCGCCACCCCCUCGGCAGCCUCCAAAACGCACAACACUGUUGUCACCAACGUCAGUCAGUCGACACCACCACCAACACCAACUACAACAACAUCGUCGCCGGCGGUCAACGGAAAUGCUGUGGUCAGCGUUCCUAGCAAACCUGCGGUGGCGGGGGGUGCAGGAGCGAAGGUGACCGGUGCGGCUGUGAUUCCCCCCAGUGGGGUGUGCACCCUGUGCCGGUCGUUCGGAACUAGGAUAAAGGGCGUUCCCGAGCGACUCAUAUCCUGCUCUGAUUGUACGGGGUCUAGAGCUCACCUAAGCUGUGUGGACUCGAUUGAAUAUGUGGGUUCAGCCAGGGGCAGAAACAAUCUCUGGCAAUGUCUACAGUGCAAAAGAUGCUCAGUGUGUGAUAAAACAAAUCAAAAGCGUAAUUUGGCAGCGUGUAGUAAAUGCGGCGAUGGUUACCAUUACACUUGUCAUAAUCCUCAGAUACCAUCCAAUUACCAGCUUUUGAACAAAUGGAGAUGCAUGUACUGUGAAGAAAAACCCAUUAAAGAAGAGGUGCCGAUCAAAAAAGAAGAGCCACCCGAAUCAGUAGUGGAAGACGUAGAAAUGAAAGAACUACCAGCGGCCGUCAUCACCCCCACCCCUACCCCCGCACCUACACCCACCAAGAAACCACCCACCAUUCCACAACCUCAAUCUAUCCCCACCCCUUCUCCUUCACCCGUACCCAUUCCCGCCCCCGCUGCCCCCACCCCCGCUGUGAAAGCCGACACCAAUCGUGCAAGUGGACCGACGGUGAACGGCGUGUCGGAGAAUCGCAAGGCACCCCUCUCCGGGUUGGAGGCCUGCCUGAAGGACCCCUACGAGGCGUACCCCAUCGAUGACUCGAUUCCAGACGUGUCUGAGUGGACGCCCGACGAAGUCUGCCAGUAUUUCCUCAAGUAUUUCGAUGCCCAGUUGGUGCAGGUUUUCAAGGAACAGGAAAUCGACGGUAAGUCCCUACUUCUGAUGAAACGAACGGACGUUCUGACCGGCCUCUGCAUGAAACUGGGCCCCGCCCUCAAGCUAUACCGACACGUCAAACAGCUGCAGAUCAGGCGAAGUGAUCCCAAGCUUCUAUGGUCGUGAAACACAAAUCUGUCCAACUAUUUAUAUGUGAUAACAAGUACGUUUUAUAUAUUCCAAUAAUAUUAUAAUAAUGAAAUUUGUCUACAUUUAUAUAUUAUAAUCUAUGUGCCGGUUGCACAACAGCUGGUUAAAUUUUAACCGUGUUUAAUUCCACGAGAACCAAUCAGAGAAGCCGUCUUUUCAAAAACGCCUUCUCUGAUUGGUUCUCGCGAAAUUAAUCACGGUUAAAAUUCAACCGGCUGUUGUGCGACCGGGCCUAUGUGUUGAAAACAAAUUUCGAAAAAUCGUUCCUGGCGGAAUUGCAAAAAUAGAUGUUGAUUCUGUCUAAACCUUGAAUUGAGCAGGGAAACUCGUUCUUCAAGGACAAUAAAAAUGGAUUAAUUUUAUCUUCGACAACCAUCGUGUAAGCGGACACUUGUGAAUAAUAAUUUGAACUAUGUUUCAACUGAAGAGUGUGGUCUUGUGGUAUUUUGUGAAUUUUACCCUGAUGGAAAAAAGUGAAAUUUUGUUCCGUCAAAACCUUUUAAUAGAGAAGAGUGAGCUUGUGGUAUUUUGAAAAAAAUUGACCUGUAUGGGUUAUUUGUGCGUGGAAAAUUAUUUAUUGUUAUGAAAACUCAUGAACAUUUUGUGAAAUUCAUGGAGAAUUCAAGAUUGAUUAUCAUUGAACCGUUAUUAUUAUUAUUAUCAUUAUCAUUGAACCGGUAUAUCAGCUUGAGGUUGUUGAAUUUUUGUGGAUUUCAAGGCUUCCAAAUUGAAAAUGUUACUGUUUUAUUAUUUAGUUACUAAAGUAUUUCCUUCAAUAUUAGUUUCAUAUUUUAUUUUGAAAGUAUUGUUUUCCUAGCAUGAGAAAGAAAUGUAUGAAUUUCAAGGACUUGAAUUUUAUCCAAUUUAUAUAAAUACUAUUUAUGAGUUGUCAGGCAAUAAAAUUAUGGAUAGGUAUACUUUAUUUUAGAAAAGUAGUACAAUAAUUGUAUACACCUCAUCGUUUAAAAUUCUGAAGUUUAUUUUGAAACUCAUUUUUAACCAAUUGUAAAAACCUUAUUAUUUAAAUUUUGAAAAAAGAUUCAAAUUUUUGACACAUCAUAAUGAUGUUGUCUAGGUUCCUAGUGAAGCUCAUGUAUAAUUUAAAAAUAUUCUUAUAUUUCUUUAUAGCAUGAUACUAUUAUUAGAUAGUAAAAUUAAUAAAAUAAUAAAACUAUUAUUUAAUUUAAAACUAGAUUAAAAUUUACAAUGUAUUCAUAAUUUCAGUUCUAUUGUACCGUACGUUUUAAAGUUUGAAUAACAGAUUUAUUAUUAGAUUGAUAAGAUAUUUAUUCAAUUAUAUUGCUUGAAGGCUCUUUUACUUUUUAAUACUAGCAGUAAUUUGUUACCAUUAAUGAUAUUAUUGAUGAUGAUGAUUCUUCCAUCUAUUCUAAAUUUAUUCUCUACGAGCUCACUCGAAGUUUAAAAUAAAUCGAAAUUUAUUCAUAAUUUCAGUUCUAUUGUAACGUACGUUUUAAAGUUUGAAUAACAGAUUUCAUAUCUUCCUAUGUAGUAUUACUACCGUAUGUAAAUAAGCGUUUUUACGUAAACUGAGAAUCAUGUGAAUGUAAAAAUCAAUGAAUAAUUAUUGAUGUUUAUAAAAA